AUGAGGAUGGAAUGGAAUGCCAGCGAGUGCUCCAUUCACGUGAAGCGGCUGGUAGAGCGCGCAGAGCUACACCAUGGCGUCGCUCUCAACAACGAGUACGAGGUGAUCUCCUUCAACCACUUCACCCUCAACAGGAUCUACCCAACGGAAAUCGGGUUGGGGAAGAGGGUAGUGGAAAAGCCGAUCGGUUUCCGCCGGAAGGACCUGUUUGAAGUGAUCCAAUCCUCGGUGGACACCCUCAACAAGAAUCAGAGCAAGCCCCACUACACCGCGGACGACUUCGUCGAAGGAAUUUAUCGGACCGAACCAACGACGGGCACAGAAUACGAGCUCUACUUCCGAAACAAGACCAAGGGUGGCCUUCUCAAAGUGACCGCGCUACGGUCGUUCGCACCCAUAGUUCACAUCUCAUCGACACCUGUAGGCACGAAGAAGGAAAUAGUUCACGUCAUUCUUCCCUUGUCGGGAAGGGUCAAGACAUUCCAAAGCUUCAUGGGUAAAUUCGUCAAGAUCGGCUUGAAGCACGACAGACGGGUACUGCUGACCGUUGUAUAUUUCGGCGAGGAAGGACUGGCGGAAGCCAGACUCAUCAUGUCCAAGUCAGCGGGUCGAAACUCUGCCCUCUUGCGGCUGCUGGCCCUCAACGAGACCUUCUCCCGUUCGAAAGGUCUGCGGGUGGGGGCCGAGCGGGCAUGGGAAGUGCCGGGGAUGGUCGGCGACGACGUGCUCCUCUUCUUCUGCGAUGUCGAUAUCGUGUUCAGUGCCAAGUUCCUCGAUCGCUGCCGGUGGAACUCCAGUCCUGGGAAAUCGGUUUACUACCCAGUCGUCUUCUCGCUCUACAAUCCUCGCGUCGUCUACACAUUGCAGGGGAAGAAGGUCCCGUCUGAGACUGAUCAGCUACUCAUUUCGAGGGACACGGGCUUUUGGAGGGACUUCGGAUUCGGGAUGACUUGCCAAUACAAGUAA